CGCUAGAUCAAACCCAGUAGUGUGUUUAUAUGGUUGCUGAUGAUACCGCCACACUUGCGAAUCUUGCACAGACCGACUCCAGAGCAAAGGCCUAACGGUGACCAGCUGAAAUCUCCUAUCAAUAUUAAGCCUUAAGCCCUACAAGACGGUGUCCAACGUUUUCCAGCCCUACAAGACGGUGUCCAACAUUCCUUGUCCUCUAAGGAUACAGACACGAUGAAUCGCCUGGAAUUGGUCGCAAUCGUGUGCAUCUCCGUCUUUGGAGUGCCUGCUUGUGUCGGCGCACUUAUCGGCGAAUCAUGCACAGAUACCAGCGAAUGUCCGAUUAACAGCACGUGUGUAAAACCCAUGUGCGAAACACCCUCGUCCGAUGAGAAGAAGUGCGUAUGUGUGACUGGCUUCUUCCCUUUACAAAACAAACAGGGAUGUCAAACAGUGGUGGACCUCCAUCAGACGUGUGACAAUUUUCACGUGUGUCGUGCGGGCAGCUACUGUGGGCACGACUCGAAGUGCCAGUGCAAAGAUGGCUACCAGCCGUGCAAAGACAACGUUAGGUGCAAACCACGUCUAUCAGGGACAUCUGCUGACGGUCGGACAUUUAUGGCAAUGUACGGGGAAGCUUGCGACGAUACAGUGGUGUGCAUGGAUAAGUUCGGGUUCACGGAAUGUCGAGCGCACAAGUGCCGGUGUAGGGACGGCUACAGACCCAGGACAGAGACAGAUCAGCUGCUCAAUCCGUCCAUGGCUGAAGCAGACUGUUUACCCAAGACUUUCAGCGAAGAGAUGUGUGCAUAGAUGUUUCUGUGAACCAGAAGUGGAGUGUUACACACAGGACAACAUUCCAUCUGCGCAGGUGUAUCGUGAAACGUCCAGGAGAGUACCACCAAUAACAACAACGAUGGCUUAAAUUUUAUCACUACCGUGAAAUUCAAUCCAAGCGUCAAUUAUUUGUAAAUAAUCUAAGGCAGGUGAUAUAAUGACAUUGGUGUUCAUAUAUAUGUUCCGCGUUGUGUUACUUCAUAUAUUUAAGUUUUUUAAAAUUAAAAUUAUUUAAUGGGGAACUUCUCCCGCCUUAAAUAAUUCGGGCCUUCAGGCAAUGUAGUCUUUUUUUUCGUUCCUGCCAUUGCGAUGAUGUUUUGUGGGAACACGGAUAACGUAAUUCUCGUUCAUUACA